AUGGAUGGGUUAAAGAUUGAACAACUUCAAUCUCUUCAAUCCAAAGAUCAAGCCGCACUCCUCGAUACUGUGGAUGAGAUUCGUCGUCAUGGCGUGAACCGUUACGUGUCUCUGCCUCAGCUAAUCGUCUCCGGCGACCAGAGCUCUGGUAAAAGCUCUGUGCUGGAGGCUAUUUCUGGCGUCCAAUUCCCAGUCAACGAUGGCUUAUGUACUCGCUUCACCACAGAAGUCAUUCUGCGUCGCGCAACCAAGAGUUUGGCCACCGUCAAGCUCAUUCCCUCAAAAGACGCGCCGCAAUAUCACAAAGAAAAGCUAUCACUGUUCGAAAAAAGCUCUCUCAAUCAUGCUGAGAUCCCUGACCUAAUCUCAGAAGCAAAGACAUUCAUGGGUCUUACCGGGACUAGUACCUUUUCUCGCGACGUUCUGCAACUGGAAGUUUCUGGUCCCAAGCUGCCUCAUUUAACGCUGGUCGAUCUUCCAGGUUUGAUUCAUCACCCCAACAAGGAGCAAACUGAAGAAGAUGUUCGCAUCCCAAAAGAACUAGUCCAAAAGUACAUGUCACAACCGCGAAGCAUCGUGCUAGCUAUCGUGACUGCGAAGAAUGAUACCUCGAAUCAAGUUGUGCUGGAAAUGGCUAAGGCGGCUGAUCCUGAGGGCAGCAGGACAAUGGGAAUCAUCACCAAACCAGAUUGUCUGAUCAAAGACAGUCCCAAUGAAUCAAAUUUCUUUGCCCUAGCCAGCAACAAGGAAACGCAUUUCAGGCUUGAUUGGCAUGUUUUGCGUAACGGCGAUUUCAACGAGCGCAAGGACUCUGGCUUCAACAGAGAUACAGUGGAGAAGGACUUCUUUGCAUCGACGAUAUGGAAAAACUUACCAAGCCACAAACGUGGAGUGGAGGCGCUGCGUACGAGACUAAGCCAUGUGUUGUACCAGCAAAUUCAGAAAGAGCUUCCGAGUCUUAUCAAGGAAAUAGAAGCCGAAUUGGCAGCUUGCAAGACGACUUUGGAUCGACUCGGUGCCCCUCGCGAUACUCCUAGUAGCCGACGACAGUAUCUGACAGGAAUUGCUGGUCAAUUUUUGGACCUAGUUCGAGCGGGCACCGAAGGGAUCUACCAGGAUCCAUUUUUUCGACCUCUAUCUUCCGGGUUUUCGAUGAUGAGUGAGAUGAAGAAAACGCGCUUACGCGCAAAAGUGAGAAUGGAAGAGCAAGCAUUCCUUAACAAAAUGCACAAAUAUGGUCACACCCAUAUUAUUGUCUCUGAAGGCUUCAAUGGAGAAGGCGUCAACCCUCAGGAACGGCUGUUUGAAACUGGCUCCAAGGAUGGUCAGACUGUUAUUCCUGAGGAAAGAUACCUAUCGAAAAUUCGGAAUCUUCUGGAUAUCAGCAAAGGAAGAGAACUUCCGGGCACUUUUACACCCCUUAUCGUCGGUGACUUGUUCAUUCACCAAUCCAAAAAUUGGAAGCCAUUUGCCAUGGACUUUGUUGAAAGUGUAUGGAAUCUUGUUACGGAGUUUCUAGAUGAUGUCUUAAUUUAUGUUGCUGAUGAAAACGUGAGGCAAGCGCUGUUAGAAGAGAUCGUUGGUCCAGCAAUGGAAAAGAUCCUGGCAAAACUCAAAGACAAGGUCACUGAGUUACACUCGCCUUAUGCUCGCGCGUCGCCAGCAACUCUAAACCCCCGAUUUGUCAAGGAGCUCGAACAUCGACGGUCUCAACAAGCUGCGAACCUGCCUGUCCAACCAAUUUCUCUGUUCAAUAAGACAUAUACUAAUGAUUCUGACUGGCAUGCAUGCCGUGAGCUGCUGCUUCUAAUGCAAACCUACUAUACAAUUGCUCUUGAUGUCUUUGUGGAUAAUAUCUCGAAUCUUGCCGUCGAGAAUUGUCUGAUGAAUGCGCUUGAGAAUCUGCUGUCCCCUCUUACAGUAUCUGAGAUGAGUGACGAAGAGCUCGAGAAUAUUGCAUUUGAAUCACCAGAUAUUCAUGAAUUGCGCACUCAGACACUCGAAAAGCAGUUAUCUCUUCAGAAGAGUUUUGACUUGUGUCGUCGGCAAGGAAGAAAAUUGGCUUCGAAUCGACUUAACGAAGAGGCACAAAAGGCAGUGGUUUUGCCAACUUCGGUUACAGAAGGGCUUGCAAAAGUGAAUAUUUCACCAGCCGCCUCCACAGCAACACCUAUAAAGUCUGAACCCUUCAACGGCACUAUCUCUCAACCAAUGACCCAAGGUCCUGCCACAUUGCCGGGUUCAAGUGGUUCUGGGUAUAGUUCCACGAACGGGUUUGGCGCGAAUACUGCCGAAAACGUAUUCGGUACCGGAGGUGGUUUUAAUUCUCAAGGUGGACUUGGCUACAAGGACAGCUUUGGUUCGAAUACUACUGGAGGCGGGUUUGGUCCUACAGUGAUAGGUUCUACAAGCGCCUUUGGCACGAAUACUACCGGAACCCCUUUCGGUUCUGUAGGCGGCUUCGGGUCCACAGCACCACUGGCAUCAACCCCAUUAAAAGACGUCGCAGCACUAUCAAAGAAGACUGGCCUGAGCAAGGAUGUCCAUAGAGGACCGGUUGAUUUCUCUUAUUUCGCAAUGAUUCCGACUAGUGCCGAGAUUGUUUCUAGCGGAAGUUCUGGCGAAGGAGGGUAUGGAGAAGAUCAGGAUUCCCGGAAUCCUACCAUGCUAGAUCUUCUUGCUCAUAUAUCUGCCGGUUCUCAACGCUCCCCAUUCACUGGCACUGUACCUUGUAAAUACUCCGCGGAGGAGAUUCGACUUAAGGACUACCACGUUUUCGGAUUGCCGAACAAAGUUCCUGCUAAGGAGGAAGGAAUCUGA